AUGGGCUCCAUCAGGGAACCCAUUUCUCGCGCAACUCCUGACCCAGACGACGAUUACCAUCCUGCCUCAUCCCAAAACAACCAAGGUCACCUAUCCGAUCAUAUAGAAGUCACACGCACCAAGAAGCGCAAGCAAUUGGUCACUUAUUCUUCCGACUUGGAGCUCACUAACAACACCCAGGUUUGGUCCAUUCCUGAGUCACCCACUUUGUCAUUAGUAGCUAAAUACCUGUUUACAACUCCACAGCCGCACCAAAGCAAUAGUAAGCCAGCAAACCAAACCGACCCAGAGGAGGAAGAUCCAUCUGAUACGCACAGAACUGCUACCCGUAAGGUCGAGAUUAAGAAAGCAAAUGCACGAUAUAUCUUGUGGAAAGAUAUGUAUGAUUCAACCAAGGCUCGAGUCGAAGCUCUGAGGGCUGCCACAGACCCUGACGAUGACGCUAUCAUGGAGGAGCUGGCCAAUCUCAGCAAGGAUCUUGACAAGUACAACAAAUCGGUCAAGGAGAAGAAGUUACACCUUGACAAAUUAAUUUCUCAAGGAUGUCAAGGUGAAGUUGAGGUUGUAGUCUAUGAUCCUGCCAAUAAUCGCAAGCAUCGGGAUUCCACCUCUAGAAGCACACCACACUCCCCUGGAGUGCUCCGCAAGCGACAGAGGAUGAACCCUAAGCAUCGAAAUCAAACUGGCGUUAUCAACACACCCAGAAGGCGAAGUCAACGAGAGGUCAAGAGUACUCAAGACGUGACUGCCUCUGAUCUAGAAUUAGAAGAACCAACUGAAAACCCCCCUGACGCCCCAUCACAAUCCCUGUUCACCUGCGGAGACAUUGACUUGACAAAACUGAAGGUUCAAAUAAAACACAUCACCCCUUCCUUCUUUCCUGAUCAAAAGCUCGCCAAGAGCACUCACUCGGCGAGCUUGAAUGAUAUUUUAGAAAUCAUUAAGGAUGUAACUCCUGAUGAGGCCCGUUACAUCAGAUCCUUCAUUGAGCUCCUACCUUCAAACCAAUUCAACUGGGGACAAGCCUUGGGGCCAAGCGUUGCCAAUAUCAUCUUUUGCUGGACCCACGCUAUGCCUCCCCCACGGGACAUUGGUGAUGAUAAUUCAAUAGGAGCAGACAUCAAACGCUUGAUCCGGAUUUGUACACAUCAAGACAUGAUCAACUUCCUCAAGACUGCUCCGCGCAUUAUGCAGAUGUCAACCACCGAUCAAUUCUUCAAGGCAGAAUCCAUCAAUUGGGAGCUUCUUGAGCAGUCAAUCCAGGUAACUUGGAAAGACAGGAAUGGGUUAUUCAAGGCACUUCAUGCGAUGGCCUGCAGGACGGACAACAAACUCCAAUGGACCUCUGAAUCCGGUAUUCAAUCAAGGUUGAAAAGGUCUUAUUCUAUCAUUCAUCAGAUUCUACUAGACUCCAUUAGGAACCUGUCUCAUAACACUCCUCAUAUUGACAUCAAGAUCAAAACUACCGGAGAACAUGCGGUGCCUUUAGACAUGGUGGACAUUGCAAAGGGGAUAGGUGGGGUUUAUCAACAAAUCAUGGUCCGUGGGGAUGGAGAGGAUGGUGAUGAAAUUAGGAAAGUGAACAAGAAUGGUAUGGAAUGGCUUCAGAGGCGGUACUUAUUGGUAUUGAUUGGUCUUAUGCUUGUUUAUGAAGGUCAUGUUUACAAUCAAAAGUUUGAAGAUUACAAGAAAGCUAAGAGAAGGACUCAAGCUGAAGUCAGAAACAUGAAAAAGAUACUUAAAGAUGCCUCAUGCCUCAAUCAACUUAGCAGUAACUGGGUCCAGCUCCACCCGGACAGAGCCAUCAAACCAUCACAGAAAGCUAUCGAUGGCUCCAACAACGCUGCAGCUAAAGUUUCCAACGACGACAUGAGGAUCAAAGCGGUUCGUGAUGCUAGUGAACUUCGAAGUGAGGCCCUCAGAGCUCUAAGUCUCUUCCUGCUCUACGGCACCGCGGGUCUUUUCCACGUAUGGCCAGCUCUCCGGGAGCUAUUACUCCACGAUUCAUCUUACCUUAUCAACUUCACCUCCAUUCUAGCAACUCGAUUUCACAAAGGUGCAAUCAAGGACAAACAGGUGUACUAUGAUCGUGCUUGGAGCUGUUUAGAUAAUCAUAUGAUGACUUUGCUGUCACAAUUUGUCAGCAAUGAUGGAGCCUUUCGAAAGAAUCUUGACUGGCCUGGAAUGACUGUCAUGUUCUCUCAAGAUUUUGAUACCUACGUCUUAUCUCCCCUUUUCAUACUGGACCUUACCAACGAGCUCUACACACCUGGUCACAGCCGCACUCCUGGAGGUUUGGAAGCUCCUCAUGUCUUGUUUGAAGGGAAGAACAGUUUACCUCUCCUGUCCUUCAAAACCAACGAUUUACAUGAUAUCCUCACCAUAAGUACAGGAGAUAAUGAUGAUGAUGAUUGGUCUGAGAAGAGGGAAAAGGCAAGGAUUAAAGGUAAAGCUAAGGCUAAAUCAAAUGUGGCCUCUAGCAGAGCUUCCACUUCAAAACAUUGA